UUGUGUCCGUUUUGUGUCACAAUGACUUUAGAGAAGCUCUUCCGGUAAAAGUACACACAGGAACCAAAAAAAAAGGGGAAGAGGAACAAGAGGAGGAAGGUGGACAGAGAGAUGGACUUGACAGAUGAGAACUGCAGUGCAGCUGCAGAGGCAAACGGAGCUUAUCCGGUACGAUGCACUGAGGAAGUACUUCUGCCUUUCUUCACAGAUGAGAGUCUGCCGGCUGCCAUGAACGUCCAACGCCCUCCGGUCUCCCCGGGCACGCCGCCCGCCCUCCAAGAACUCAGAGUGGUCCUGCUGGGCAGAAAGGGAGCCGGCAAGAGCGCAGCAGGGAACACGCUGCUGGGAGGAGUGGGCGGCUUCGAGAGUGGGAAGCCCACGGAGGAGUGCGUGAAAAGGCGAGCGGAUGUCGUUGGCAGGAAAGUCACAGUGGUGGACACACCGGGCUGGGAGUGGUACUACCCACUCAACAGUACCCCCAACUGGGUGAGGAGGGAGACUCUGAGGAGUGUGACCCUGUGCCCUCCUGGACCCCAUGCCGUGCUCCUGGUAGUUCGCUCCUGCGCUUCCAUCACAGACAGCUGCAUCCAGGAGAUAGAGGAGCACCUGGAGCCGCUGGGAAGGGAAGUAUGGGAGCACACCUUGGUGCUUUUUACCAGGGGAGACGAACUGGGCCUGACCACCAUGGAGCAGCGCAUCCAGACCAGCGGCUCCGGACUCCAGAGACUCCUCCAGAAGUGCAGCAGCAGGUACCACAUCGUAAACAACUACAGCAAAGGAGACGGGAUGCAAGUGAAGGAGCUGAUAAGGAAGCUGGAGGCGAUGGUGAAUGGAAAGAAGGGAGGGAGGAGUCAUCUGGAGCUGGACAACGGAGUCCUUUUGGGGCUGGAGGCGGACGGGAAGAGGAGAGCAAGGGAGAGGAGGAAGAAGCAGAGGCAGAUGGAGGCGCAGAUGCAGAGAGGGACCAUCAAAGCCGCUCUCAUGAGUGAUGGACCCCAGGGUUCGGAGCUGGAUGCACACCAGUCCUUCUCCAAGGCUCCUCGGCGGCUCCCCGAGGUCAGACUGGUUCUACUGGGAGAGCGCGAGACCGGGAAGAGCUGUGCUGGGAACGCCAUCCUUGGGAAAACGGGCUUCUUCGAAGCGGGAGCGGUGACUGAGGAAUGUGUCCGCCAGCAGGCGGAGGUGGCCAGGGUGAUGGUGACCGUGGUGGACACGCCGGGCUGGGAGGCAGGAGUGGCCGGUGCCACGCCGGAGCGGGUCAAACGGGAGAUCAUGUGCAGCGUGGCCCUGUGCCCUCCGGGGCCUCACGCCCUGCUGCUGACUCUGAGGGUGGACACUCUGGUGAGGGCAGGACACGUCAGGGAGCACCUGGAGCUUCUCGGAGAGGGUGUGUGGAGACACACGAUCCUGCUGUUCACCCACGGCGACCAGCUCCGCGAGGGGGUGGACAUCAAGCAGCACGUCCAGAGUGGAGGCAGGGACCUGCAGUGGCUGCUGGAGAAAUGCAGGGGCCGGUACCACGUGAUCGGCAGCGGAGACGGAGGAGGACGAGGCAGCGGGGGGUCCGCAAAGGUGACGGAGCUCCUGGAGAAAGUGGAGAAGAUGGCGACGAUGAACAGGUGCGAAGCUUUUUCCUGCGUGGUGCAGGAAGUUAGGGAUCUGAGCCUCCAGAGGAACGAAAAGUUCAACCAGCGGCUGAAGGACAUUGUGGACAAGAUGGUUCGUCAGGAGGCUGAGUUGAAGAAGUUGAGGGACAGGGAGGUGAAGAGCAUCAGGUGGUUCUUUGACAGGAAGAAGAAGGUGAAGUCGCCGGGAAAGGCCGAUGUUCAAAGAGAGGAGGAGGACGACGAGGACAGACGGGUCGGUGAAAUGAGAAACGACUUUGGCGACCUGGAGGAGAGGAUGAGAUGGCUGACGGAGGACAGAGAGAGGGAAAUUCAGGACCUCAGCCUCGAAAACGAGAGGAUCCGAGUGGCACUAGACCAACGGCAACAAGAGAAACACGAAGCGGAGCUGAACCUGGAGCUGAAAGAGAGGGAGAUCGAGGAGCUGAAGGAAAGGACUGACGAGCAGCAGCUGAAGCUCCUCGAUCUCGAGCGCAUCUGCGUUGAGUCCGAACACGAAAGGAAGCGACGGGAGGAUGAAAUCAGAUCAGAGAGACAGGAAUGGAGGAAAAAACUUGAUGAGAAAGAGAAAACUGUGACAGUGCUUAAAAAGGAGAAAGAAGAGUGGAUUGAACAGUUUGAAGCUUUACAAGUAAAACUGGAGCAGAUUGAAACACACUAUACUGAUUCUCUAAGAAAAGAAGGAGAGAAAAUCAGGGAGAUGGCAAAGAGGGAGGAAAAACUGAUGAAAGAGAUGGAAAAUCAAGACAAGCAGCUGGAAGGACUAAGAAGGAAAGCUGCAGAGGAAAAGCAGACAAUGCUUGAAAACUUUAACAUGUUGGAAAAAAGCAUGGAGGAGCUGAAACUACAACACCAAAAAGAAAUGGAGGAGAAAGAAACUCAGAUAAAAGACAUAAAACUGCGGCAUGAAGAAGAGAUGAUCAGAAAAGCUACUGAGAGCGAAAGAAACAUAGAGACAAUGAGAGUUCAGCAGAAACAAGAAGUUCAUAAGACAUUAAAAGAAAAAACAAAUGACAUUGAUCGACUCAAGCAACUGCACGAGGAGGAAAUUAAAAACAUGAAGCAAGAACAAGACAAACAGGUAGCACAGUUAAAUGAGAAGCUUGCAAAUGAGAAAAGUGAACUUCUGGAGACAAAAAAGAGAGAGUUAGCAGAACUAAGACAAGCACAUCUUACUCAGAUGGAAGCAAAAGAGCAAGAAGGUGAGAAAAACAAGGAGAUGAUUCAACUAAAGCACAAAAAAGACCUGGAAGUACACGUUGAAGAGAAAAACAGAGAACAGGAGGCCUUGAAGAUGAAACACCGAGGAGAAAUGGCUACAAAAAUAAACGAGAUGGUUAAACUCAUGGAGGAAAGAGAAGCUGACUGCAAGAAGGAAGUCAGUAAGAUAGUCAAAGAGAAGGAAGAGGAAGUCAAAAAGGUCAGACAGGAAUACACAGAAAUACUAAGCAAGCUGGAGGGAGAGAGACAGAGAGAAAGAGAGAAGCUGAAGCAACAAAUAGAUGAAGGAGAGCAGGAAAAACAGAGACUGAUGAAAGAGUUAAAGGAAAAGUUUGCUGCCCAAACAGAAGAAACUAGGCGAGAACGGGCAAGCAUGUCACAAGAGCUGCAGCAGAGUCAAAGAGAAACCGAAGAAGUCAAAUGUGAACUGAAAAAGCAAGUUGAAAGCAGGGCAGCAGAGAAAGAAAGGCACAAGAAAGACUUGCUGCAAAAGGAGAGAGAGGUUGAGGAAAUGAAAGAGAAAUUUAAAGAGUUGAGAGAGACAAUCCAGCAGAAGAAAGAAAGAGAGAAGGAGCUUCUGAGUGAAAUUGAAAUCAGAGAAACAAAAAAAGAAAGACACAAGAAAGACUUGCUACAAAAGGAGAGAGAGGUUGAGGAAAUGAAAGAGACAUUUAAAGAGUUGAGAGAGACAGUCCAGCAGAAAGAAGAAAGAGAGAAGGAGCUUCUGAGUGACCUUGAAAACAGGAAAACGGACAAAGAAAGAUGCAAGAAAGAAUCAGAGCAACAGAUAGAGGAAAUGAAGGAGAAGCUCAAAGAAAUGAAAGAAAAGAUGCAGCAAACAGACGAAAGAGUGAAAGUCCUUUUAAAUGACAUAAAAGCAAUCGGACAACAACUAAAAGUAAAAGAGGAAGAAACUGAGGAGAUGAACUUAACUGUUAAAGAAAUGAAGGAAGAAAUCGGAGAAAAGGAAGAGAAAGAACUCGUUUACCUGGAGUGUAAAAAAGACUUGGAGCAGAAACUGGAGAGAAAAGACCGAGAAGCUGAAAAGAUGAAGGAGCAAAUAAAGGAGCUAGAGCAACACGUGCAGCGGGCAAAUGAGCAAAGAGAUAAAGAUGGCUUGUGCAAGAAGAAGAUGCAGCAAACCCUGGAAGAAAAUGGCAAAGCGAUAGAAAAGUUGCAACAGCACAUAAAGGACAUCGACGAGAUUCUGCAGAGAAAGGACGAGGAGCGGGGCGAAAUCAUCCUGAACCAGAAGAAGGAGGCCGAGCAACGCCUGCAGGACACGGAGCGAAGGAUGGAGGAGAUGAGGCAGGAGCUUCUGGAAGACAUGGAGAGCAAACUGAGAGAGAAGGAGAUGGAGAACGAAAGCAUCAAACAGCAGGCUGACUCCAGGGAGGCAAGAUGGAGGGAAGAGCUGAAGAAGACGGAGGAGAGAGGAGCGAACGAGAUAAACAAGCUUCUGGAGAUCGUCGAGAAGAAGACGAAAGAAAUAACACAAGCAGAAAGACGUCUCGCAGAGAAAGAGGGAGAGGUCCACGAGCUGAAAAGACUGUGCUCAAACUACUGCAAAGACAUAGACGAGUUGAGAGAGUGCAAUGAAAAGUAUGCACUUCGUAUAGCUGAGACGCAGCAACGCCAAGCAGAGGAAGAGAAGAAAAUCGAGGCAGAAAUGACAGAAAAGGUGCAGGAGAAAGAGCAAGAGCUCAAACGUCUGUUGCAAAAGGACAAAGACAACGAGAAGGAGCUCGUCCAGCUGAGGCUGACCAUCGAGCAGACCAAGUCAGAGCUGAAAGAGCUCACCGAGAGAAUGGAGAAGGAGAUGACGAGCAUGAUUCAGGAGUACGAGAAAGAGCUCAAAGAAAAGACAGAGAACAUAGAGGCCGUCGCGAGGGAGAAGGAGAGUCACGAGCAAAGCGUUCGGGUCGUCACGGAGAAAUACGAGGAGAGCCAAAAGAGAGUGGAGGAGCUGCAAGAGCACAACGAAAAGAUGAGAAAAGAGACCGAAAAUUUCAGCGUCAAGUGUGAGGAGAUGAGGAAGAAGAGUGAGGAAGAGAUUAGGGAGCACCUAGCAACAUGUGAGGAGAAAGUAAAGAGCAUAGAAGCUGUCGUUAGGGAGAGAGAUUCAGAGGUGAAAGCAUUACAAGAAGCCAACGAUAAACUUCUAGGAGAGGUGGAAGAGAUUAAAGCAAGGGAAGACAGGAGCAAGAUUCAGAUAAACGAGCUGAUGGAGAAACAAAAAGAGCAGGCAGAGAAAUAUGAUGAAGAAUGUCUAAACAGAGAGAAAUUAGCCGAGGACAGGGAGCGAGCUGUGAGGAGAGAGGAAGAAGAGUUGAGCAAAAGAAGAGACGACCUCAGUGCGAAACAGGAAGAACUUGUUGAAAUGGAGAUAAAGUUGAAAAAUCAAGAAUCUGAGCUUCAAAAACUCCAAGCUAGUCUAGAGAUAAGAGAAAAAGGAGCAGAUAAAAUGGAUAAUCAAAUGACAGAGUUGAACUUAACGAAGCAGGUUAUCAAGAAGAAGGAAAAGGAGCUGGACGCUUUGCUUGGAGCGCUGGAGGGCAAACAGAGAGAACUGAGCUCUCAUGGUCAAGACCUCCAGAAGAAGGUCAGAGGUCUGAAGGAUCAAGGGCAGGAGCUGAAGGACAGAGAGUGCUACCUAAAGAACGAGGAGCAGGAGCUGCUCAACUGGAAGUCAGAGCUGCUGGUGCAGAACGAGUACGUCAACUGCACAACGCAGGAGCUGGACGAGAUUCGCCGGGAUAUGGCUUUGCUGAAGGAGGAGCUCCGCACCAGGGAGAUGAAGCUCAAGGAGUCGCUCAAAGACAUGAACAAAUGGGAGCUGAAUCUCAAAAAGAGAGAGGAAACUUUGGUCAGGAGGGAGCAAAUGUCCGAUGACAGCAUUGACAAAACGGGGUCUUUCCAUCUGUUGGCCGAAGAUAACUUGCCUUUGAUGGACCAAGAAGUCAACAAUGGGAGGGAAAAGGAAAGAGGGAAAGAGUCAGCCGUAGAAGAUACUACUAGCCCCACAGAGACAAAUGAAUGUCACUUUGAAACACUCUUAGAAACACAACAAACUGAAGGAAACAAAAAGAUCAGCAGUUUAAGGUCCCUACCGAACCACAAAGACCCGGGGUGCGACUUGAGAGUGAUGGUCCUGGGAGAGACGUGGUCUUCUCGUUCCCCAGCCGGAGUCACCAUCUUAGGCGGAGAGGCGUCUAAGUUCAGCGGGUCCGGCUUCAGGCCCUGGAGAGGUCAGAUAGCCGGGAGGUGCCUGGCGGUCGCAGAGCCGCUGGGUCUGAAGUGGCGAGACGGACCCGAUGCGACCGAUUCGGCGCAACGAAAGAGCAUCCUAGAAAGUGUCUCCUGGUGCCGCCCGGGCGCUCACGUUGUCCUCCUGCUUGUUCCCGCCUUCCUGACCUGCACGCGGAAGUACAGGAGGGCCGUGGAGGAGCACGUGGGCUUGCUCGGGGAGGACGUCUGGAGGCGUACGUUGGUGCUUUUCACCUGGGGGGAGAUUCUGGGAGAGAGCGUGGAUCAGCACAUCCUGAGGAACGGGGAACUAAUGGGGCUCAUAGAGAGGUGUGGCGGCAGAUACCAUGUGCUGACGAGCAAACAAAACAACUCAAAGAUCAAGGCGUUAUUUGAAAAGAUGGAAGAUAUAGCAGAUUUAACUUUAGGAAUGUGAGGACUGAUUAAUAAUAAAUUUUUUUCUCGUGUAUAAUAUGUAAAUAUGUUUGAAUAAAACUACCUAAAAGUCAAUCAGUCUUAAUUUCUGCCACACAAACCUUUAUUUAAUACGUAAUUCUGUUUCUUCUUAUCUCAAAUAAAUUAAAUACGUCACAAAUU